AUGUCUCCAGUAAAAAAACAAAAAAACCAUUUAAAAAAUGCUAGAAAAACUAAAAAGGACAAUAAUGUUACUAAUAAACAAUUUAUUGUAGAUGUUCAGGAAGAGAUUAUUGCAGAUGUUCAGGAGCAUGUUCCUUCAAAUCUUGAACCCGAUCACUUGGAAUUUUUGGAAGAUGAAUUUAUUUAUGAAAGUGAUGAUUCAGGAGAUGAAUGGCAUGAUGAUAACAUAUCAUCAGAAUUAGAAAAUGCUUUUUCAAAGAUUGUUUCUUCUAGCUCAAAACCAGAUAUAUGGAAAACAGAGGGUCAACCACAAUUUUACACAGGAGCAGCACCAAAAACUAUCAGAUUAAAACAAGAUGCUCUAAAAAAUGCAGCAAAAGGAACUGAAAAGAUCACAUCAUUCUUUCCGAUUGGUGAAAAAAAUCCAGAAAUUAAUGAACAGACUCAAAAUGAAAUAGGACAUUUUUUUGAAGAUGAUGAUGAUUCAGAUAACAAAAUUCCUUUUUUUACUUUAGAAAAUUUAGAAAUUAACCUAAAAAAUAAAUCAAUUUCUGAUUAUAGGUUACA